AUGACGGACUUGCUGAUCCAGUCCGUGUCCUCGCGCGGGGAGACGUUUCCCCGUGCCCUGCUGGAGGGGUGCAGGCCCCCGGGGGUACCGCGCUACAGCCGCUCCGGGGACAGAGAACUGGGAACGGAACUGAAGCACAGCAAGAGCGACGAUCUCGUCCUGCAAGGAGGGGCGCUGACUUCGCCCACAGAUAUUCAGCAUAUGCGAUGCGAUUCGCCGAUACCGAAGACUGCUUGUGUUGUGUACGAAGAUGAUCUGGUGUCGACCCACGUUUUACCGAAGGCCAAGUAUUUCAGUGACAGUGAAACGGAAGUGGAUGUGCGGCCCAGUAACUCCGAGAGGCAGGCGCGGAAAAUAUCGGGUGACUUUUCCGCGGAAGGCCCGAGAAGUUCAACGCGUCAUGUGGGACUGUACGAUCGAGUGGACCCGGAAGACAGCAUUCGUGAUAUGAUUACCGAAAAUGAUUUCUACCGGUAA